GUUUGACAUACUUCAAUUUUAACACAAUUGGUAGUGUCACUAUUGUUACAGUAUGAUAAUAGUUACUAAUAAGUGUAAUCUUGUGAUAUACAUGUAUUUCAUUGUAUAUUGUUCUAAUUAAAUCAUUAUUGUUAAAAUGACAAAUGAACCAUACAUCUCUUGUAAAAGAUAUAUUAUGAUUUAUUCAUUUUCAAAUCGCCUUCGUUGAAGACAGGAAGGUAUAUACCGACACAAUGGAUGUUAAUACAACUGAGUUUAGUCUCGCAGAGAUAAGCGACCCUAAGAACGUACUAAAUGAUGACGGGUACAAAACUGCGCUAAGCCGGAAGUUCCAGCUGCGCCUCAACCUUGCGUGGCUCUGCCUGAUCUGGGUGUUCACGUUCACGGCGUACUCGGGCCUGCAAAACCUCGAGGCCAGUCUGGUCCCUGGUUUCGGCGUGUACUCCCUGGCGGCAAUAACCGGCGGCGGACUGGUCUCCUGCAUCCUGGCACCCGCCAUCAUCGCCAAGAUCAACGCGAAGGGCGCGUUAAUCUUCUCGUGGAUUUGCCUCUCGAUUUUCGUUGCAUGUAACUAUUAUCCACUGGAAUACGUUCUCUUGCCGGGGGCCGCCAUUGAAGGCCUCUCUACUGGGCUCAUGUGGACGGCGCAGGGGGCGUUUCUGACCACCAUAGCUGUCGAAUACAGCGACAUCAUUAAAGAACCGUUAGAGGCAGUGCUCAGCCGCUUCUUUGGUAUAUUUUGUAUGGCAUUUCAAAGUACACAAAUUUGGGGUAACGUUAUAUCAUCGGCCGUGUUGCACGAAGCGCCAUUACCGGACGCCGGAAAUGCGUCUUCAAUCCCCUCGUUUUGCGGGGCGGACGACUGUCCGUGGGAUAAGUUAUUUGGUGGUUCAGGUAACAGCACGAUGCCUUUGCCAGCACAAUGGAGAAUAUACACGCUUAUCAGUAUAUAUUUAGGCUUUACAAUUAUCGGUCUUAUCAUCACCGUGUUUCUGUUGAAACCCAUCAAAUCUGAAGGGGCGGAGGUGUCCGUCCGGGUGCAGCUGCAGGCCACACUCCGCCUACUGUUUACAGACCGCAAAAUGGCGCUGCUCGUUCCAAUGAGCAUUUGGACCGGCAUGGAGCAGUCGAUCCUCUUCGUCGAGUUCACACGAUCUUACGUGGCAUGCGUGAAGGGUCUAGGCUACGUGGGGCUCACGAUGAUCUGCUUCGGCGUGGUGAACACGAUCGGCUCGCCGCUUUCCGGGCUCUUGGGCAAGUACAUGGGCCGCAUCCCGCUCUGCUGGCUCGCCACUCUGCUCAACCUCGCCGUGCUGGCCCUUAUGCGCUUCUGGACGCCAACUCCAUCAGAAACAUACGUGUUCUUUUUAAUACCGGGAGUCUGGGGGCUGGCGGAUGCAAUCUGGCAAACGCAGAGCGGAGCGAUGAUAGGCGCGAUCUUUUCGACCAAUCAGGAGCCCGCAUAUGCGAAUCUGCGGCUGUUCCAGGCAGCGGGCUUCACCAUGGCGUACCUAUACAGCAAUUCGCUCUGCGAGUACAUCAAGCUCUAUAUCGCGGCUGCUGUCGUCGUCGUCGGCAUCAUUUUACAGACAGUCGUGGAAAUCAUUGUGCGCCGCUCGGAAACACGAGUGGUUGAAAUGGAUAUCAAAUAUUAGCGACUAUAUCAACACCGCAACAUGACUUUAUUGCAAGAUAUUCAAAUUGCUUUAAGUGUAUUUUUUAGACAUCGAUUUAAUAGUAUUGAAUCAAACAUCGUGAUUUUGAUAGAAUUUUUUUACCUCGAUUGCUUAGUUGUCAAUGACACAUGGUUGUACAAAUAUUUGAUUGAUUUUGUUGAGAAAAUAUGUGAUAAUUCAAUGGUUCGGUAUCGAUCUCAGAUUGUUACCACCAUGAUAUAUUAUAACUCAUCUCAAUAAUGUUAAAUGGUGCAAGUUGUUUUUUGUUUGUACUCCUUGCUCGUAUAAUUAUUAUUGACAUACAAAAUAAAGGACUGUUUUAAAACUUU